GGAUCACCUCACCCCCCUCUCAUUCCCGCCCUCCAAAUAGCCCUCUCCCCCUCCUCCCCGUCCAAACAGCCAUGUCUAGGUCCCAGUUCUUGAGGGAGUACAAGCUCGUCGUCGUCGGCGGUGGUGGUGUCGGCAAGUCCGCACUCACUAUCCAGUUCAUCCAGAGUCACUUCGUGGACGAGUAUGAUCCUACUAUCGAAGAUUCGUACCGUAAGCAGUGCGUGAUUGACGAUGAGGUCGCGCUCCUUGAUGUCCUGGAUACCGCUGGCCAAGAGGAAUAUGGUGCGAUGCGCGAGCAAUACAUGCGCACGGGAGAGGGCUUCCUCCUGGUCUACUCCAUCACUUCGCGCAACUCGUUCGAGGAAAUCAGCACCUUCCAUCAGCAGAUCCUCCGCGUGAAGGACCAGGACUCGUUCCCUGUUAUCGUCGUUGCAAACAAGUGCGAUUUGGAGUACGAGCGGCAGGUGGGCAUGAACGAGGGUCGCGAUCUUGCGAAGCACUUCGGCUGCAAGUUCAUCGAGACCUCGGCCAAGAACCGCAUUAACGUCGACGAGGCUUUCAGCCAGCUCGUCCGGGAGAUUCGGAAGUACAACAAGGAGCAACAAACGGGCCGUCCCGGCGUGCAACAACCCGGCGCACCCAGUGCCCCCGGCGUGUAUGGCAAUGAGAAGGGACACCCAGACGACGGCGCGGGUGGAUGCUGUGGCUGCGUUGUCGCGUAACGGUCCUGUCUCGCCACUGUCUUUCUUCCACCCUUCAUCGUUCACCUUCUCGGAUUGGGUCUUCCCUGCGUUACCCCACAUUUCCUGCCCUGCCGCCGUGCCCUAACAUUGCCGCCGCCGCCGUCGUCCUAGCCACCAUAGGUUCCCCCGGAUAUCAACAUCUCAUCGCCAUCUGCUGUUCUGUUCUAUGUAUUCGUUACUCUUUUUUCUUUCCUCUCGUAGCUCCGUCCUCCGCGUCCCGGCUUCGCUAUCGUCUGAUCGCCAUACCUUGUGCCUAGUUCGCGCGCUCCGUGCACGUUUCUGUUUGACUAUCGGCAUUUUCUGUCCCUACUCGUUGGUCACGAAUCA